GCCUCCUGUGGCUCCCCACGGCCUUUCCGAUCCAAGAUGGCGGGAGUAUACUACUUCCGGUAAGGUGGGCUGCGGAGCGGCUGUUGUUCGGUCGGGCCCGGGCAGGAAAAAGAAGAAACCUUGAAAGCGACGCCGUCGGAGCCAGACUCUGAAGCCAUGGCUGCCGUUGUGGCCAAGCGGGAAGGCCCCCAGUUCAUCAGUGAAGCAGCCGUCCGAGGGAAUGCCGCCAUCCUGGAUUACUGUAGGACGUCGGUGUCUGCCCUCUCAGGAGCCACGGCAGGGAUCCUCGGCCUCACCGGCCUGCACGGAUUCAUCUUCUACUUCCUGGCCUCCGUCCUGCUGUCAGUGCUUUUGGUCCUCAAAGCCGGGCGGCGGUGGAGCAAGUACUUUAAAUCUCGGCGGCCCCUUUUUACCGGGGGGCUUAUCGGAGGUCUCUUCACGUACAUCCUCUUUUGGACUUUCUUGUAUGGAAUGGUGCACGUUUACUAGGAGGCAGAGUGCGCCAAGCGUGAAUGGUUCCAGUGGAGUGGGGCAGUGGCUGCCAAACCAUUUACCGAGGGGAGGUUGGUGAUCCAUCCCUUGCACUGCUCACGCUGUCUAUAACUUAUGUCAGAAAACAAGCUUGUAGAAUCCUUCUAAUUAAAGGAAAUGCAAAAAAGUUUGAAUUUU